CUCGUUGCACUCAUUAUUGCCAAGACUUGGUUCCUUGGUUCAGGCAGCAGUUUGCUAGUAAUUCAGAGCAUCAGCUUCAGCCUGGUUCAGGGCAUCUGAGAACACAGUCCCAGUGCCUCUGAGAUUUGUGCCAUGUCUCCCAAGUUGCAGGGGAUUGUCCCAGCACUAUGGCUCCUUGGGGUCCUCUCUCCACUGUGGUGCCCACCUGUCCUGUGUGAUUGUAAGUUUCCUCCUACCAUUGCCCAUGGACAUCAUCGAGACGUAACUAGAUCCAUAUUCAGCACAAAGGAGUAUGCAUAUGAAUGUGAUGAAGGAUACACUCUGGUUGGAGAAUCAAGAAUCUCCUGCAGCUCUUCAGUCUGGUCUGCUCUGGCCCCUGAAUGUAAAGCUGUAUGUCCAAAACCAGAGAUAGAAAAUGGAAAGCCAUCUGUGGAUAAGGAUCAAUAUGCUGAAUCUGAAAACGUCACUGUUGAGUGUAACUCUGGUUAUGAUGUGGUUGGUUCUCAAAGUAUCACUUGCUCAGAGGACAGAACCUGGUAUCCAGAGGUGCCCAAGUGUGAGUGGGUGUUCCCUGAAGGCUGUGAGCAAGUCCUCGCAGGCAGAAAGCUGAUGCAGUGUCUCCCAAACCCAGAGGAUGUGAAAAUGGCCCUGGAGGUGUACAAGCUGUCUCUGGAGAUUGAACGACUGGAAAAAAGUGAGACUUGAAGAGGAAAAUCAUCAAUUAGUGAACUGAACACCACUCCUUUACUCCUCCUCCCACCCCGUACCCCAGAAAACAGAGAAUUAAUUACAUUUCUAUUUAGCGACCAUAAGGUUCCCUAAUUACUACUCUUUGCUGGGGAGGAAAGUACCUGUGUUAAAGACAAUUCCUUAAUGUCCUUUGUGAUACUGAUAAUGUAGAUCUACUGGCAAUUAUAGCUUAGCUCAGCUUAAGUUUCUGCUUUUUUGCAUUUGGCUGAAAUAAAUAUUCACCUGUUAAAAAUUA